CGAAUCGUCGCGUCGAAGCGUCGCGUCUGUGCUCCCACGGUUGAGCUCGAGUUCCUCCUUCUUCAUCCCGCUUUCUCAUCUGCUCUCGCCAUCACUCUGAGUGCUGAUUUUCUCUUUGGACGAACGCGACCGCGAGACAUGUCUCUACCCUAUCGCCCUCCUCUGCAGCAGCAGCAGCGACAGCAGCCUGCCGAAGACGAACCCAUUCCGUUCUUCGGUGGCCAGGCCGGUAGCAAUGCAUCCCCGGCUCACAGGAAUGCUCCUCCGCCACGCCCACUGCAAAGAGGACCCAGUCAUCAGCAUUAUCAAUCUACUUAUCAUCAGCAGCAGUACCAGCAAUAUCCGCAGCACUCGGGAGCAGGACAGCAGCCACCAAGGCCACCCCAGUUUCAGAGACAUCCACAGCAGCAUCCAGAUCCUUUUCCUCAGGCGCAAGCACAGCAGCAGUACCAACAGUCAUCCUCACAACAGGCCCCACCACAACCACCAGCGCAACAACGACAGCAGCAAUUGAACCCCUCCGAAUUGGCGCCGGCCGCCGACCUGUUUGCCAGUCCUCCAACCGCUAAUCGCCAGCUGCCUCACGGACCAGCCAAGCCUCAAGGAUACCAGCCUCAAGCCGUGAACGAUCUCUUUGGAGUGCAGCACCAACAGCACCAGCAGCACCAGCAGCAAACCCGCCAGCAAAGCCAACAGCAGACUCAGCAGAGUGCGCUUCCUCAGCAGCAGUCGCAACAGGUGCACUAUGGACAGCCUCCAGUUCGACAGCAGUCGUUCCAGAGACAUCCCCAUCAUCCGGUACCAGUCAACCAACCAUCUCAGGGAUACGGAAGCACUUCACCACUACAGACAGACAAUGGCUCUAUCUCAUUUGGCAGUACUUCUGAUCUGUUUGGUGUCUCUUCUCAGAGAACAUCCGAGCACACGGCGUCUCCAAAAGUAGCAAUGGCUGCAGCUGGCUCCUUUGCCAACACAGCUGGUACCCUAGGACUUCAGAGACUUCGACAGGGACAUGCAGCUGCUCCUAUUUCUAGUAGCUUACAUCCCAAAGGCCGCCCACCACUUCCUCCAGCCUUGCAAAAGCGACCAUCUCUGACGCCCGCCUCCCAGGCCCAGCAAACCUCCUCAGCGCAGUUAGUCCCACUCCAGCUUCAACAAAAUAAUAACCAGCAGCAGCAGCACCACCACCACCACCAACAACAACAACAGCAGCUACAACGGCAGCAGCAAAGUCACUCGAGGCAAGCGUCCCUGUCCUCCCAGUCCCCACUUCUUCAACGCUACAGUCCCAGUACUCCGGGUCCUCAUGGCUUUCCAAAUACUGAUCAGGCUACUACUCAGCAUCAGCCGCUCUCGAGAAACACGCCAGGAACACCUCAUCAUGGACCGAUAUCAGGUCCUUCCUAUGGAUCUCCUCACACUAACUAUGUCCAGCCCAAGACACCAUCGCUGUCUGCGUCUCGUGCCGCGUCCAUUGUCCCCGAACACGUCUCUCAAGACCAACAGUUGACCCCGCCCCUUACGCAGACACCGUACAUUGGUGCUCUUAAAUCGCAGUUCGGAUCGACAGCGCAUCUUCUCGAGCCCUGCCCGUUUCCGGAAUGCACUGGGGAGAAUAAACCUCAGGCAAAAUUUUGCUCGGAAUGCGGUCGUUCUAUCUCAAUGGCCAGUCGUUCAGCUACCCCUUCGUUACUGCAUCGAUCCGAGCUCAUUUCUCACCAGGAACCAGUGGCGACCAGUCUGGCUAGAAUGAGCUCAUAUUUUGGGGACCAAAGCCAAUACGAAUCUCAUCAGUCCCCUGAGAAUCAGCAGCAGCAGCCGUAUGACCCUGCUUUUGGACAAUAUCUGGACCAGCAGUCCUCGCCGUCCGAUCAGUCCAACUAUAUACCGGAACCUGCACCAGUUGCACCAGAACCGGAGCGCAUCAAUGAUUCGCUCAAUAGGCAUCUGGGGUAUCCUAUUGUUGCUUUCGGGUUCGGAGGCAAUAUUGUAAGCUGGUUCCCGUGCACUCAACACAACCAUGACUCCAGGGCAUUGAAGGUUCAGAAAAUCAGUGACCUCAUUCCUGUUGAUACCGUCAUCGCCAACUAUCCGGGGCCACUUUUGAACGACAGCUCAGUUCAGUUGAAGAACAAGCGGAAGGAACUGCUGAAGCUCAUUGAAGACAAGAUAAGCGAGCUUGGCCAGGCACAGGACAAGGGCAUUUUUGACGCCCACCGCGUUUUGAUUUGGAAACUCUUCAAAGUCAUGUUUGAGCAAGACGGCACGCUCGUCGGAGGUUCAAAGAUAGACGAGGCUGUAAAGAUUGUUUUGGCAUCCAUUCCAAUAACGAAGAUUCCAUUGCCAUCAAUACAUCAGAAGAGCGCAGAGGAAAUCUCGGCUUCUGUCGAUGCUCUCCAAGAGAUUCUUCGCCAGGGCGACCUUGCGGCAUCAGUUCGACAUGCCAUUGAGUCGCAUCUGUGGGCCCACGCUCUAGUGAUCAGUAGCCAUGGCGACCGCGAAUUGUGGAAGGAGGCCGUUAACGGAUUUGUGAGCCACGAGCUGUCUGGACAGGAUGGAUUGCAUGCAAAUGGGCGUGCGUCUUUGCGUGUCCUAUAUAGCUUGUUCUCUGGCCAGUCAGAGAAGGCAGCAUUGGAAUUGAUUCCACAGGACUUAAGGGCACAGUACCUCGAGAACACUAGCGACCUUUCUACACAGACCAAAAUCCCACCUGAGAGUCUUGUUCAAUGGCGCGAUACGCUGAUCCUGAUCUUGUCCAAUCGCACCGAGGGUGACCAGGCAACCAUUAACGCUUUGGGUAACUUGCUCAUGAAGGAAGGCUGGGUUGAAGCUGCCCAUAUCUGCUAUCUUCUCUCGCCUCAAUUCUCAGUUCAUUCAGGGCCCGACACUUCUCAUGUCAGCAUGGUCCUUCUUGGAGCGAGCCAUAGCCCGCAUACUAUCUAUCCGUACUACAAGAAUGUCGAGUCCUUCCAGAAGACAGAGAUCUACGAGUUUGGGUGCGCAUUGAAGAGCUCAGGGGCGACUGGUGGGCUUCCCUUCCUUCAGGCCUACAAGUUGAUCUAUAUCUGGUCCCUACUGGACCAGGGAAUGUUUUCGGAAGUUGCAAGAUAUCUUGAGUCAGUAGAGAUGAUUGUCAAGUCCCAAACAAAAGGAUCGCCAUACUACAACUCUACCUUCCAUGCUCAACUAAACGAUGCCAUCGAGCGCCUGGCAGGAAGUGUGCAUGCCGCCCAUGCUGGGCCCUGGCUGUCCAAGAAAACUCCUCAACCAACAACCGACACCGUCUUUAAUGCCUUCAAAAGCGAAUCAAUGGAGCACAAUGCACGAGCUCAUGACCAGGCACAGCAUGCAACUUCCGUUGAAAAUUCACUUUCGGUCGACCCAUCGCCUCAGAUACUCGCAGGGCAAACGCACCGCGUUGAUCCUAGUCCUGUUGCUGCUGGCGCUGAGGCUGGCUCUGAAGACCAACAUUAUGACGGUGACAAUGCCAAAUCUCACAUUCUGACCGACCCUAACAUGGGAUAUGAGCAUGGCGAGCAAGGACAUGCGUACGAUGCUUUUCAGCAGUAUGGGGCUGAUUACGGUCAGGCAUCUACAGGGGAGCAUCAGGACCACGAACAACAGAGCCAAAGUGCGGUAUAUUAUGGAGGAGAGCAAGGAGAGCAGGAACAGAAUCAAACCUAUGCUCAAUACGACACUUUGAACGCCAGUCAUGAUCAUCACGAUGACAAUACAUCGGCUGUUCCCAAUUCGGUUUUGUCAACGCAGGCCGUUGCAGGAUCCGUGCAGCGCUCGCCCGAGGACCUGCAUGGAACAGUGUUAGGUCAUGAAAUGCAGGACUCUGAGUUUGAUGGCGGUUAUGCUCCAUAUAGUGAGGGCUCGUAUGACGUUACUCGUCAGGAUACUGCUGUCUACCAGGAUGGUGAAUACCAAGAGCAGCAGCCCCAUGUUGAGGCUGAACAAGCCCAUGAAAACACCUCUACCUACGACGUCUCGAACCAAUACUACCAUCAGGACCAAGAACCUUAUCAGGCAAAUCUGGAUUAUACGACAGACCAGGAUCUUGGUGCCCAGUACACAGAUCCCAACCCUCGACGAGCCGACGACUACACCCACGUCCAAACCUCACAACAGGACCAGCACGAUGCAGCCCCCCAUACAGAUGCCGCAUCUGCUGAUGAGCCGACAAUGGAGCAGCAGGCUGCACAUGCCCCAGAGGACGAUCAAAAGUACGCGAUCCAGGAUAAGCAGUAUCAUCAAGGACAGGACCCACAGACCGCUAAACAUGGAUCAGAGCUACAGCAUUCAGGCUACGAGGGAGCUGACCACGACAAUGCAAGUUUUCAGCAGCAGGGCGGAUACGAUCCUCAGGGCUAUAGCUACGAAGGACAUCAUCAGGAUGCUGAACAUCAACAGGGGCAGUAUCCGCAGGGCGAAUACCAGCAAAGCAGCUAUCAUGAGGGCGGUUACCAGCAAGGAGACUACGCGCAAGUCAGCCACCAGGGGGGAGAGUACCAGAACAAUGACUAUCAAACCGGAAACAAUCAACAAGAGGACUACCAGCAGGGCGGUUAUCAUCAGGGUGACUAUCAACAGGGUAACUACCACCAAGGAGAGUAUCAGCAAGGAGAGUACCAGUCUGGACAAUAUCAGCAGUAUCAGGAGGGCGAUUACACCCAAGCGGAGCAUCAGCACGAUGUAUUCUCAACAAGCGACUAUCAAUCGAACGACAAUAACCAGCAGCAAGGGCAUCUUUAUGCCACACAGUCUUCGACAGAACCUGGGGUAUUACCCGUCUCGAGCGAAGAAGACCCAAGCACAGCUGAAUUUGCGCCUGCAGCGACCACCGGCACCGUACAGGACCUUCAAGAAGGGGACUAUGAAGAAGGACAGUUCGUUUCCUUUGGAGCUAUUCCAUCGUUCCCCACCUUUGGUGGCCAGCAGCAGAACAAGCAAGUAGCGACAUCUACAUCGCAACAACCCGACCGACAGACAGCCGGUGAGGAUGUGGACGACCUUGGUAUGGGCAAUCAAUCUCUGAGAAGAGAAAAGAUCACAGCUUCAGCGCCUCCGGCCGAGGGAAGUAUCAGUGCAUCGCAUGGUCAGCAGUCUGCGGGCACCGAUGGACAGCCUGGACAGGGAUCCGAAGAAGCGGGUUCCGGCUGGUGGCCAGUAAUCAACCUCUUUGGCAGUGAGAAGCGCGAGCCAACUCCAAAGCCUGCCAAGGCCAACUUAAGCGAGGGAUCCACGUUCUACUUUGAUAAUGAGCUACAGAGAUGGGUCAACAAGAGCGCUCCUGACAGCCAAACUAGCACAGAGCCCUUGCCUCCCCCUCCAAAAGUACGCGCGCCUGCAUCACCAUCCACACCAGGACUAUCUGGACCACCCGGACUACCCGGACCACUCAGACCAACUGGCGCGGCUGGUGGCCCACCACUUCCUCAGGCUAGACCAGCAGGUGGAUCGACAGUACGUAGAGGUGCCCGCGCUAGAUAUGUUGACGUCCUCAACCCAUAGUGGCGAGUUCGGCAAACUAUUCAAAUAAUACGGCUUUGUUGAUGCCAAUGCAUUGUGCAUACAACAUUAGACAUG